GCAGUGAGCACCUAGCAUGUUGGCUAAAUGUGUAAACCUGCUUAAUUGGCACUUUUAAACUCAUUUUUUGUGUGUUUUUGCGGCUACUUUGCUCGCUAUUAUGAGAACUGAGAAGAACGACAACACCUCUUGAGUCUAAACACGUCGUGUCAAGAUUUAUUGAUAAUUUUUUAUAUGAUUUUUUGGCGUGGACAUCACCUCUGCCUGGAGGAAAUACAACUGCCUAGUUAGCGGGGCUGCUUGGAGACCAGGCGCCAGCCUGUAGAGCCAGAGGGGAUGGAUCCUCUGGGUGCUCGCUCCCAGUUUGUAGACAUCCAGACUCUCCCCACGUGGCAGCAGCAGCUGGGCGAGGAUGGUGAGGAAACACCGCGGGACCAGAACGACAGUCUGCUCAGUCAACAGGCCUUCCCCUCGCCCUUCCCCUUCAGAGCCGACAUCAACCGCAAGAUCAUGCUGUUCACCGGAGACAUCGCCCUGCUGAACUGCACCGCCAUCGUGAACACCAGCAACGAGUCGCUCAACGACAAGAACCCGGUGUCUGACAGCAUCCAUCAGCUCGCGGGGCCGGAGCUGCGAGACGAGCUGCUCAAACUCAAAGGAUGUCGGACAGGGGAGGCGAAGCUGACCAAAGGCUUCAACCUGGCAGCGAGGUUCAUCAUCCACACGGUGGGACCAAAGUUCAAGAGCAAGUACAGGACGGCGGCUGAGAGCUCGCUGUACAGCUGCUACAGGAACGUCAUGCAGCUGGCCGCAGAGCAAUCAAUGGCGUCUGUUGGCCUCUGUGUGGUGAGCACGACCAAACGGGGUUACCCACUGGAGGAUGCUACACACAUCGCUUUCAGAACAGUGCGCAGGUUCUUGGAGAAUCAUGGGAACAGCAUCGAGGCGGUGGUGUUCGCGGUGACAGAAACAGAGGAGCUGGUGUAUAAGAAGUUACUGCCUCUGUACUACCCUCGCUCUGAGGAAGAGGAGAAGGCCUGCCUGCCUCUCAUCCCCGCGGACAUUGGCAACUCCGAGGGUGAACCCGUUGUCCCAGAGAGACAGAUCCGCAUUGCAGAGAAGCCAGGCAGCCUGGAAGAUGAUAGUGAAGAGGAGAGUCUGGAGUCAGAUCUGGGUCAGGUGGGGAAUCACGCUUUCGCCCGGAUGGAGGGCGAUGUGGAUAAACAGCGGAAACUGAUCCUGCAGGGCCAGAUGUCAGAGGCAGCCAUGCAGAAACAACACCAGAGGAAUUAUAAUCGCUGGCUGUGUCGAGCGAGAGCGGAGGACCUGUCAGACAUCGCCGCACUGAAAGCCUUGUAUCAAACUGGUGUGGAUAUGUGUGGCAGGACAGUGAUGGUGGUGGUCGGACGAAACAUCCCAGUGACCCUUAUUGACCUUGAAAAGGCUCUGUUGUACUUUAUCCACGUGAUGGACCACAUCACGGUGAAGGAGUAUGUGAUGGUUUACUUCCACACACUGACGGGCGAGCACAACCACCUGGACUCCGACUUCCUCAGAAACCUCCAUGACAUCGUCGACGCCAAGUUUAAGAAGAAUUUAAAGGCUUUCUACUAUGUACAUCCAACAUUUCGCUCUAAGGUCUCGACGUGGUUCUUCACCACCUUCAGUGUGUCAGGGAUGAAGGACAAAGUCCGCUACCUGGACAACCUGCACCAGCUCUUCACCUGCAUCAAACCUGAACAGAUUGACAUCCCUCCGUUUGUCCUGGAGUACGACGCACGGGUGAAUGGACCCUACCAUCCCGCCCAGUCUUCUGGCCUGUGACAGACGACCAAUCAGACCUCUCUGCUGGAUUGAUGAGGUGGUGACGGCCUCUCAACUGGAGGCCAUUAACGGACAUCAUGUUGCCCGUGUGGUCUGACCUCGUCCCUUCCUCUUCAAGGCUCCGAAGCAUCGUGGGGGAAAUUCUCCUUUUGUUCUGUCCCUGCCAAGAAGGACAAAAUGAACAGUGGCAGGCCACAUUCAGCAGCGUGUGGCCUGGUGAGCGGUCGUUCUCAUUCACCGCAGACUAUUUGUGGAUCUGGUAUGGUUCUUGGAUUAUGCCUUACACAAAGACUUCUUAUUCAGCAGUUUCCUCAAACAUCCCUAAAUAUGAAGCAUCGUGUCAAGCCUGACAGUCACUCAAAGCCUUUUCCAUCGUGCGGUCAGAUCAAAUGUCUUUGCCCAUGCCUCAAAAACUGUCAGACUUUUCAGAUGCUGGACACUAAAGGAUGACUUAUGUCUGGAUUUCCACACUGUUUCAUUCCACACCGCUCUGGACUGCAAAAGCUCUGUAUGAAGUAAAGACUAAUGCUGCGUUUGACUCAGUCGGAAGUUGGAAAUUCCUACCCGGUACAACGCUGUAAUAACAACCUCUGUUCUCAUGCAGUCAUAGCUGGAAAACCCCAGACGUGAGAGGAAUUAACGCCGGGGAUAUUUCCUUUGAUUGACACAAACACUGCUCCUUAUACAGCAGCUAAUGUCCCUCUAAUCGUUGGCUAGGUAUCACAACAGCAUUAAGUUUACAUCACAAAGUCGUGUUUAUCCAUUUAGCAACUUGACAUUUGGGAAAUACACUUAUUUGCUUAAUUGACUCAAGUUAGAUAUUUGAUAUUUGUGCGUUAAAUAUGAAGCUAAGGGACAGUUAGGUUAGUCAAGCAUAAAGUCUGGAGGCAAGGGGAAAAGGCUAACUUCGCUAUGUCAUAAACAAACAAGACAUAUUGUGUUAGUUUGUCAGCUUUAAAAAUGUUUUUCUUACCUUUUGAACAGCUGUAGCUUCAUAUUUAACACACAGAUAUGACAGUUUAAUCCCUCUUCUCAUCUAAUGUCUGACAGGAGAGCAUAUAAUAAUAUUUCCCCAAAAUGUUGGCGUAUUCUUUAAGCUUUAAAUCCACGCACAGUUUCCAGUUGGAUUUAAGGUGAUGUGCUGAAAGUCUAAGGAGUGAUGAAAUACUGCUGAUAUCUGCAUCACAAAAAACUCAUUAAUUUCCACUUGGCUUCUCUGUUGCAUUUUCUUAGCAGGAAGUUCAUAAUUUCUUACUGUAUGGUUUGUCUGGAAGGCAGCAGAGCAUCUAUGUGCUUCUACCUACAACUCAGCAUCAUUGUUAAAUCAAUCAAUUAAGAAUUGUCAAACAUUCACAGGUUGCAGUUUCUCAAAUGUGCGAAUCUGCUGCUCUUUCUGUUUUUAUAUUGUCAUAAACUUGAUAUUCUUUUUGUCACAUAAAAACGAGCAAGUUAAGGACCUCACCUGAGCAGUUUUGAUCUUGAAACUGUAGAGAUAAAACUUAAAUCACGAGGCUUCUCUUCGUCUAUAGUAGUGCCUGUCUGAAGAUACACUGCCCAGUCUUUGUUAAAUCAGCCUCAUCGUCCAGCUGAUCCUCCUCACUGUCUGCAGAAGCUUUCUACCUGGAGGUCAGGAGAUGAUAGAAAGGAUUACAAACAGUAUUCUCUCACUGUCUCGUGUAUUUGCUUCUAAAUAGUUUUAGGAUUGUACGUUUUCUCUUGUGAAAUGCUGGAUAGUUUUCAGCUGCUCUGCUUCCUCUGAUAUUUACUGCUUGACAGCGUCACUUUGUUUUAACGGUGCACAAGCCAACAAGGAUCAGAACUGCUGUUUUAUAGCCUUUCUCACUCUCGCAUGAUGAAGGAAAGGAGACUUGUUUGAUUUUUCUUUUCCUCUUGCCUUUGCUAAUGGAGCUUGAAAUCUUUUGUGCCUGUUUGUCUGUUUUGUCCCUCACUCACUAAAUUCCUCUUUAUUUGCACAGUUAGCUCCACUUUACUCUGUUUUCACAAUCCACAAGUCGUUUGUUUUAACUCAGACUACCACACUGGUGGCUUUACUUUAUCAGGGCAAAUCAAAUGUACUGAACUUUUUCCAGCAGUCAUUAUGUAGCAAACCCGAUCUGUCUGGUACCCCCCCCCCCUCCCGGAGGUAACACUGUCACCAUGUAAAUGUAGAUUCUGUUUGGGAUUUCACCUGCAUGUAGUUGUGUCUUCACCCAGUUCUGUCUGCUGUGUUUCCACAUCAUGAAUCAGCAUCUGCAUCUUUAAAUCAUUUCACUUCUGCUGGAAAGAAACAAACAAAAAUAGUGACACUAUCAUAAAGUUCAGCUUCAAACUUGAGGCUUCUUAAAUUGUAACUUACACGUUUUUUUUUUAAGUCUCUUCCAGAGGGGAGAUGUCGUUGCCGUGUCAGUUGCUCAAUGACAUUUCUGUGGCUCCGUUUGAAAUCGCCCUGUUAAGAAAAUGCAAACAGUCAAAAAGAAGAAUUUUAGUCAGCUGUUAAACGUCUUUGAUUCUUAUUUUAUUAAAGAUAAACAAGGGGCGGGGUGACAUGAGUCCAAGUAGAGAAACUACAAGACGCCCCUCGUGCUUUUACAAAAAUAAAGAUUUAAAGACUGAACGUGACAAUGUGCUGUUCAGAAUGUCAUAAAUACUGAAACUGGAGAAUCUGAGUCAAUCUGGUGUCACUGUUUUCCCUUCAGCCGUCUCCAUUAUGAAGAAACGACCUGAAAAUGGCUUCAGAUCAGUGAAGCUGUUAUUGUCAGAACUGUGAUCAUGUCAGAAUGUAUAUAUAAAUAUAUGAUGAGCCAAAUUUAGACUUUCUGGAGAUGAAUAUUAUCUUUUUUUAUGAUUUCAAAGUGAUGAAUGCAAAAGACUUACAGGAAAUGACUUCUUUGGUGUCCACAUGUCCUGUACUGUUUUUAUUUUACUUUACACUGAUUAAAAUGAUUUUGUUAAAGUGUUUUUCAGUUCCUGUUUGAUAAUAGACGCUCUGAUUGUCCAUCGUCUUUCAAUUUUGGUCAAGAACGAAGCUGAACAAAGACAAUAAAGUACAUAUCUAUCAUUUA